UUCUUAUUUUAGAAAUGCCGGUCUUUCGCCUGACGUAAGGACAAGUGGACUUUCUUACCUCGCAUGGCUCUUUCGCUAUCUGAUAAGCCAAAAGCUGAUUUAUUUUGAUCUUUUUUUACUCCCAUCAGGAUGUGUUUCUAAAUUUAACAGGCAGUCAACCUUUGGACUCAUCUCGCUUUUCUUUUUCUGAUUAAAAAAAGCAUGUUUUGUUUUCAAUAAUAUUGGAUUUCUUUUUUUCUAAAUUCCGGUUGCAAUAGUUCAGGUUAGAAAUCAAUACACUGAACGAUGGACUUUGUAUUAGCAAAUUUUAUAUAAAAGAAAAUUCGGUCAAUUUCAAAUAUGAUUUUGGCUUUGUAAAUUGGCGAGAAAUAUUUGAUCGGCUAAGCAUUUGUAAAGGUUUGAAAAGGAGAAUUAUAAAGAAGAUUUGAACAUAUAAAAUUCUACAUUAUUAUUGCUGAAAUUUGAAUAUCUUUUGAAACAUGGCUCCAUUAUCCUCUUGCUCCGGUGUCAAUCCGACUCAAACCCUCGGCGAUCAGACAUCCGCUGACUUUGAGAUGGAAUCUCCAGAAAAGCAAUCCGAGUCUGUGAUCCAAGAGCCGGAAGAUAUCCCCGACGAAUGCGACAAAGUGGACGACAAGGAGCUCCCACCCGCGGAGAAAAGCGUUGAAGAGAUUUCCGAGGAAGGUCCCAUCAUGCAGGUCGUGUGGAGAAACGUCAUCCUCUUUGCUUACCUUCAUAUUGCAUCUCUGUACGGAGUGUACCUCAUGUUCACUUCAGCAAAGUGGCAAACGAAUGUGUUUGCUGUGUUUUUGUAUUUGCUGUCUGGUAUUGGGGUGACAGCUGGGGCUCAUAGAUUGUGGUCUCACCGCUCCUACAAAGCCAGGUUUCCUCUCAGGGUUUUCUUGGCAUUCAUUUUCACCAUUGCUUUCGAGAAUGACAUCUUCGAAUGGGCUCGAGACCACCGUGUUCACCACAAGUAUUCCGAAACGGACGCCGAUCCCCACAACGCCAAAAGGGGUUUCUUUUUCGCCCACAUCGGCUGGCUUCUCUGCCGAAAACACCCAGAAGUCGUCAAGAAGGGAAAGAAAAUCAAUCUCGAUGAUCUCAUGGCUGAUCCGGUCGUCAGGUUCCACAGAAAAUUUUAUUUGCCACUCGUCGUGCUUUGCUGCUUCGUCCUCCCCACCAUCGCACCCAUGUACCUGUGGGGUGAAACAUUCAUGAAUGCGUUUUUUAUCUCGACGUUGUUCCGCUUCUGCUUCACCCUCAACCAGACGUGGCUUGUAAACUCUGCAGCCCACAUGUGGGGAAACAAGCCCUACGACAUUCACAUCAAUCCUCGAGAGAAUACUCUGGUCGCCCUGGGAGCUGUCGGCGAAGGAUUCCACAACUACCACCACACCUUUCCCUACGAUUAUGCCACCAGUGAGUAUGGUAUCAAAUACAACCUGACCACACUCUUCAUCGACACGAUGGCCUGGUUGGGGCUUGCCUACGACAGGAAGACUGUCUCCAAGGGCAUGGUUGAAGCAAGAAAGCUGAGAACUGGUCCACGCCAGAUCCAAGCGACAGGUGGUUGUCCCACCAAGGAAGACUAAGAUUGUGUGUUUGUGGAUGCAGUAGAUAAACUGGAUCUUCUGUCGACCAAAUCUGGAAACCAUUAACUUUCAUGAGACAAUUCUAAAAAGAAUGCUGUAAAAGUGAUGAAGUUCCAUUGUCUUUUUUCUUUGUUCCGCAGAAUUUUGACCCGUGUCGUGGAAUUGAUCUGUGUCAAUAAAACUGUGUUAUAGAGCUUUCUUGUCAACUAUGUUUAUGGUCUGUUCCCCCCAAACAAUUACAAAAGGAAUUUGAGUCUGUGACUUUACAACCGGUGCAGUUUUAAAUCUAUGUUAGCAGGAAUUUGAUAACUAAAUUAAGUUUACUAAGAUAUUUAAAGAAAAUUUGUUAGAUGCUUUGUUUAUUUCAAAGUUUCGAGCUUUUUAUUGUCUUCUAUUGCUUAGUUAUGUGAUAUCAAUGCUUAGUUUUUCAUUCAUUAGUACUAAAUACUUAUUUUGGUAUUAAACUAAAUACCGAUCUCUCGUGCAGCUUAUUUUCUGAGCUUUGCCAAGCGUAGAAAUUCCUAACAAAAAGAAUUUGUAGAAAUAUUUAUUGUCUUUCUUUGCUAUUACUUUAUGCCCGUAUGCUUUAGUAGGAAUAUAUUUAUAGAUUUGUGUUGUUUUUUGAGUUUUCAAACAAGUAUUUUUCUAUGAUACAAGGAUGUUAUUUGUAAUACAUUUUUCCGAUUAUCCAAAAUUUUAUUCUCUAAUGAAAUAAAAAUCUUUCUUAAAAAAUAUUUUCGAAGUAUUUUUUCGCAUAAAUUUACUUAAUUUUUAAUUGCAUCCUCAAAAUCUAUUUAUUAGCUUAUCUUCGUAAACUUUAUGAUUGCUUGUAGGUUAAUAUUCUAAGAAGCAUUGAAAUACUCUCAGAUUGGUUUGCAAUGAAAGCUUUUCAAUUAUUUAUAAAAGUUUACGAAGUUACUUAUUGUGUUUUCUUUAUUUCUUUUGCUAUCAGUUGGCUGGCAUGUUGCUAAUUGAUAUCAACCCCGCUCCCGUGUUCGGCUGUUGCGAUAAACUAAAACAAUUUCUAGAUUUAAUUUUUGUAUAGGCAACCAUUCAUACAAAAGAUUGUUAAAAUUAAUAUUUAACUCUGUCAAAUUUUAUAAUCAAAAUGAAAAUAAGUAUUACAAAUGUAUUUUCUAAAGGAAAGUAAAUGAUUUGUAUUAUAAAUUGUCUUUAUCCUUCAAUAACUUGAUUUUUGUACCUAUUCAAUAUUUUGAUUUUUGUACCCAUUUUUAUGAAAUUAAAAAAAAUCAGAAAUUUGUGGAAAACUUAUAUAUUACGCUAUUGGCUAGAGAAAAUUUGUA